AUGAGCUCUAGUGAGGACGAGGAUGAUAGGUUUCUUUAUGGUUCCGAUACAGAGCACGCGGAAGUCGGCACGAAAAGAACUUCACAGGAUAUUAAUGCCGAUGAGGAAUCCUCAAGCAAACGACAAAGGCUGUCCAAUGAUGCCACCGGAAUUGAAAGUGGUGAUGGAAGCAAUAACUCGAGCGAAGAAAGUGAUAGCGAUGAUGGUUCAUCUGAAAGUGAUAGCGACUCAGAUGUGGAAUUCAUCAUCAGUACUGGCGCAGACACAACACGAUUAGACUCAAAGGUAGUUUCCGGGUCGGGCACUAGCACUGCUGCCCAACCUAGUGGCAUUGCUGUCGCAACAACAACUGAAGUCGCAGACGCCACUAGUCCGGAUGUCAACGCAGAGACUAAAACGAAAAUCGCAGCUCCACCAACGGGAACAAUUGAUCUUAACGCCGAAGGCAUGUUUGAAGGCGAGCCAGUAACAAGCUUGGACCCUGAGGUACUGAAGGAGAAGCCCUGGAGGCAGCCUGGCGCUAACCUCAGUGAUUAUUUCAAUUAUGGGUUUAACGAGUUCACAUGGAUGGAAUAUCUUCAUAGGCAAGAAAAGCUGCAACAGGAAUACAAUCCCCACAAGAUUCUCAUGGGACUUCUGACGUUACAGCAGCAAGGGAACCUAGGUGGUCCGAAAAAAAUUGACCAGAGAGGAAUGGGUCCUGGCGACCUGGGUACCUCUGGUGGCAUAAAAUCCAAUACAUCUUUAAACCAGAGUAUACCGGGCCACCCGAUGCCCCCUCAUGGUUUUCCACCUCUCCCCAUGUUUGGUGGGUUUUCUCCCUUCCCCAUGCCUGGUAUGAUGCCGCCAAUGAACCCCCAUGCGCAAAAAAAGUGA